AAUGUUUCAACUUUUUCGCCUCUGUAACAUGAACCAAGACAUGAUGCCGUCAAGUUUCGAGUCUCCGACACACGUUUCGAUGACGAAGAACAUGCCGUUCUUUUGGGGUCGGAGAGUAAUUAGUGGAAAUCUCUUAAGCCAAGCAAACAAAUAUCUCUUGUGCGACAAUGUAAAUUUGUCGACAAUGAAUGUAUAAUUAAUUUUGUACUAAGUGGAUAUGCAAACUUUGACGACUGUUGAUGACCGACGAAGAAUAGAAACUAUGCUUUUUAUUGCUUCGUAAGGCAGGCAUGCAUCAACAUUAACAGCUCUGCACGACAGCCUGAUAUAUGAUGAAACAAACAUGGUACUGCUAAAGAAGUAAAGAAUUGAUUUGAAGUGUUACAUAAAAAGAAACAAUAUGCACAAAAGAAGGAGAAGAGGAAUGGCUUUGCCUCCUGGAAGAAGCUUUUCUUUCAACCAAGCAAAUUCUGUAUCCACGAUUAAUGAACAAAAUAAAAUGCGUCUCAAACACAACAACAAUACGGAAUUUAGCACGGGAGAAACGUUUGAGGAUUAUGACAAACACAUGAGUGGACGGCGAGAAAGAAGAACAUCUGCCUGUAGCAUGACACUACCAAUGGCUCGGGAAAGAAGACGUAAGAACUCGUUUCAGAUUGGCGCUUUUUCCGCAAACCGUUUUGAGAUGCAACGACAAGAUAUUGAAAGUCAUUUUACAGUCAUACUUGGCUCGCCUGCAGUUGGAAAGACUGCAUUGGUUGUUCGUUACGUUACUGGGAGAUUCGUGAACGAGUACGACCCGACGUUAGAAAUGAUUUACGGAAAAUUGCAAGAGGUUGGAAAUGUGAAGGCGAUAUUGCGCAUUAUGGACACUGCUGGAUCGUUUGAAAGCUGCACUGGGUAUAUCAGAAAGGCCGAAGGAAUCAUUGUGGUAUAUUCAAUAACAGAUCGUUACACUUUUGAGACAGCCAAGGAUUAUCUGAGGGCGAUCAAAGAGUAUCAACGACUCGGGACUCCGUUUGAUUACGAACUACCGACGAUCCUUGUCGGGAACAAACGCGAGCUUCGACGGGGACGCCAAGUGAGCCGAAACGAAGCACGAGAGACGGCGAAGGAGUUCGGGUGUCUCUUCGUGGAAUCGUCGGCAGCUUGCGACAGGAAUGUACAGAAAAUUUUCAUAAACCUUUUUUUACAAAUCCACCGAAUUAAAGAAGAAAGGCGAACGACUAUUGCCAACAAUGCACGCAGCUUCGUAACCUCAGUAAGAAACUUUUUUCAGUCGAAGAAAAAGUGAUCAUCAUUGCUUAAAAUAUACAUCACACAUGCAAUAUCUUGUGAUGAUUCCAGAUUCUUGGUCAUUUAGGUUGCAUCAUAAAGACAUAAGUAGUUUCCGCUUUCUUUGAAAGUAAACACCAUAAGUUCGAAGUUGUUCUUCCGAGAGACCUAGUGAGACUCGACUCGACUCUUAUCGAUCCAUUGUAGUACUGCAGAAAAAAUAUUCAGCCGUGCCAGCCGUUCAAGAGUAAAAUGAAGUGAAAGUUGCAUAGAUAGAAAGGCAACUUCAAGAAUAUUAGACAUACGAAUUACUCCGACUGUGAAUUACAGUUCUGAUGAGGCAUUUACGUCAUAUUCAGAUUUUCUUCACUGUUCUUUGUACCAAUGUUUUUCAAGAUAUUCAACUCUGUUUACCGUGCCAAUUACUGAAGUAGGUACUUGGAAAACAUAUAAUUAGUGUAAUAUGGCAUCGUAUUUAUCAGCUGAUUCAGCUCAUACAACUCCGUAUGAUUGUCCGGGCAAGAAAUACGCCCACAUCCUUCCAAUAUACCUUGAAGGACGAAUGGUUACUGAGUCAGGCAUAUGAGGAAAAACAUAAGACAUUUCUCGGGCUGAAUUAUAUGUUACAGUUUGGCAGACAUUGAAGGAAAGACAACUAUAUAGUGCAAGAAACAAACCCCAGUCACAAAGAUUAAAUGGCAAUCGAUUCAUCUGCCGAUAUUUCGAACCUAAAGUAACCGUCUCGACUAACCUAGCUUGCCAAAGAACACUCGUGACGCAGUUAAGUCGUGUCGACAUUUUUAGAUACGGUCAGUGUCGACAAUGUUAAAAAAACUCCACUUGGCUUAUGCAAAUAGACUUAAGAGUUUUUGACUAUUUGAGAUGAUUACAGCGAGGUAAGAUGGUCAUUGAUGUAAGUGGCUUUUUCAAAGACACUCGAAUGAUCUAUGAAAAUGAAAAUCGUCAAUAAGCUUAAAGCAGAUUAAUUGAAUAUCAUUUCAUACGACGGAGAAUAUUGUUGAUCUGAGCAAAUUUUUUGCAUGUGAGAGAUCUAGAUAGGUGUCUGCUGAUAGACGAUUGUUUUUCACUAGUGUUUUUCUGGCAUGCAUGAUCCCGUUUAGCCGAGGAUUCACCGACGAAGCGUUAGGUGACUUUGGGGUAUUGAAAAGAGCAUGUAACACGAUUCUGGUGAUCGUGUAGUUAUUCCAACAAUAGUAUGGUGAAUGUUUGGUGUAAAAACCCUUAUCUUCAUACCUCAAAGUCCUCUCACGCUUCGUUGAAUCUUGGGUAACCUGGCUCAUGCAAACAGCCCUUAAGACGUCCAACCUUGGCCGAAUUAAAACAACCUGGGAACCUCGGCAUACAGUUAGGGGAUGGAGCAGUCUGUCUUGUUAUUCUUAGGAAGAAAGAAAUGGAGAAUACUGAGGAACGACAUAACAGAACAUAUUUAUUUAAUAUUGUGUAAUUUCCUGGUGAUCAUUGAAAAUAAAUACUGAACAGCCAGGCCGAUACAUUUUGUAUUUUUAGGAAUGAUAUGAGAUCAUAUUAUCGGAUGC